GAAACUUACUCUUCCAAAAGUGUCGAAGAAAUAUGGAAAGCAGAAUGGGGAGGGAAAAUUUAUUACAGUCAUGGAACAACACAUUCAAAAGGUGUGAUGAUAUUAUUUAAACCGAGUCUGGAUUUCGAAACAGAAAGCAUCAUCGCUGAUAAGAAUGGACGAUUCUUGCUAUUAAAAGCCAACGUGCUAGAAUCUUAAUUUCCUUCUUGUUUAGCAACAUUUACGCGCCAAAUGACUCUACCGCCCAUAGCUUUCUUUCGCAAUCUUGAUAACAUUCUCCUACCAUUUGCAGAUGCACAAAUCAUCUUGGGAGGUGACAUGAAUUGCCCAUUAACACCUACAGAUAAAAUGGGUGGUGCUACUGUUCAGAAAAAACAAAAAGUCAUUGACGAGAUUGAAGGCUUAACCCGGCGUUUUAAACUUCAUGACAUUUGGAGAAAUCAACAUACCAACAAAACACAAUUUACAUGGCGUAACAAUUCCUUGAAAGUGCAAUGCCGCUUAGAUUAUUGGCUUGUGUCGAAAGAAUUG